AGGUUUGGCGGUGGAGAGGGGGUGGGUGUCGGUAAGUCGGGCAGGUGAGGCAGCACUUGGCGCCGGAGGGGAGGGGGAGGUCGGCGCCUGCGCGCUCAGUUCCCCCCGCAGUGAUGCCCAAGUAUUAUGAAGACAAGGAGGAGGACGGUGGACCCUGCUCGGGGGUGAAGGAGGACCUGAGGUCGUGCUUGCUGGGGCUCGACUGUGUGCUCAAGGAAGGAAAGACACCAAAGCAGUGUUUGGAAGAAGGACAUUGCAAAGCUUUACAGGUUACUUUCUUUGAAUGUAAGAGGUCAAUGCUGGAUAACAGAGCUCGUUUCAGAGGAAGAAAAGGAUAUUAGCAAUCCAACUACAAUGGAUCAAAGCUACAGAAUUUACAUAUGCUGAUAUAGAAAUAAAAUAAUGUCAACACAUUUAACUUAGAAAA